CUCCUCAUUCCGGUGGCAGAGGUAGAGAGCGGCCCCGUGCCACGUGCCACCUGAAAGGUGGCCAGAAAGGUGGCACACAUGCAGCUGCUUUUGAGCGAAACGAAAAAGAAUGGAGCUCCAUGGCCUAGAAUAUGGUUCUGGAUCAAUGCCUACCAUUUGCAAGUGGGGAAUGAGAUGGAAUGAGCAUCUGAUUGCCAGCUAUUGAAUGAUGUUCACCAGGGUUUUGAUGGGUUUUGAAUGUUUUGACCCAUCCCCAAUUUCUUGCAUCGCCAUCCAAAAUCGAUCCUGGUCUCUACCUCGGCUGCAGCUCAACGUGGUCAGCUAUGGCGCAGCCAUUGCAGCUUGUGGAGGUUAUGGGGGGCGCUGGGCAGCAGCGCUCAUGCUCUUUGACCAGCUCUCGCCCCAAUCCUUGCAGCCCAACUUGGUGACGUUCAACGGCUACUUAUCGGCUCUGCAAAAGGCGGCACGAUGGGAGCAAGCUCUUUCACCGGAGCUUGGCAGCGAAAUGGGACCUCUCGACGUUCCAGCCUAUGGAGCGCAAGUGGCUGCCUGCGCUGCAGCUCGCAGUUGGAUGCAGGUAGCUGCCCUGCUACGAGAGCUCCGGAAGUGUCAACUUCAAGCGGAUUCCUGGAUGAAGCAAUGGACAGUCUACUCCUUAGCGCGAGGUCAGAUCCACUCGUCCAGCAUGGCUACUCCGCAGGCGCGGGUUCCCGUCACCAGCAGGGAGGACGGUCCUUUGUAUCGUCCAGCUUCCGAGGCACUUGACGUACUGAGGGCAGAUGACCUGGCGACCUGGAGGGAUGCGAAAACUGGUCGCAACGGGGGAAGAGGGGAGGAGCAACAGCUCUCAGAGUCGCAGGCAAGGGACGGUGAUGCCCUCUAUGUGAACAUGCGCGAACAGAUCGAUAAGAAGGCGAUCCAGAAACGCAGCGAACAGCUGGGGCUUCAUUUUUUGGAGGCAGAGAAGCCCAACCGACAUACGAUCUUUGUGGACGAGGAUGACUUGGAAGAACCUCAGAAACCAGGCGCGGUCAAUCGUGGAUGCAUGGUGGAUGCCGACGAAGUGACCAGCUUCUUCAACUCCCAAGAAGCUCAAGGUGAGCGCUUGGUUGGUGCAGCGAUGUCACAGUCGGAUUUUGAUGUGGCCGGCUACUUUGAGACCCAUCCGGCACUGCUGAAGCGCAAGGCAAACCGCCUGCGUUUGAAGCAGUUGCAGACCAAGGAGAUCAAAGCCGUGGAGGAUGCCAUGGGCCCAGGGGACGACGAUUUCCUCAGGGUCGUGAAGGAUAGGUUUUCACCAUGA